GUACUGUAGUAAGCUUCAACUUAUUCAGCUGUACCCCAGAAUGAUGAAUGUUAGAAGUAGUAAAAUAAAACAAGAUUAUUUUGGCCUUAUAAAUACAUUACCUUAUAAAUAUAUACAUAACAAUGGUAAGAGUCAGGUUCUGGUAAAAUGUGACCUAUGAUAAGGCAGACUUUCCCAUCCUCUGUCUGUCUGUCCGACCUGGUCACUACUGUCAUGAGUCCAGAGGCUUAGUAUGUACAUUAUAACAGAGCUGCCUAGUGUGGGGUCGGGUGAAGGGUGUAAUAAAAAUUGUUUUUAUAGAAGAAGAAAACAAUUUUUUUUAUAUAAUUAUAGAUAAUAGAAGAUGAUACAGUAACCUAUUGUUGUAUUUUAACUCUGAGAUGAAUUCACAUAAAUCUAAGGUUACCUGUAUUUUAUUUAGGUAAGGUUCAUCUUGUGUAGAAUAAAUCAUACAAUAUAUUGUAGUAUUUGAUGGAAGCUUUAUUGUGUAUGAAACAAUUAUUGAAAGCAACUGUAUUAAAAUGAAAAAAAAUGGUGUACAUUAAUGACACAUUGUAGGUGAACGUAGAUCCAUAUUGAGAACCCCCCAAAAAAUUGAGAAAUUAAUAAUAUAAAAACUGUAAACCCUGUAACUAAUUUGUGGUGUUCUCGACGUGAGGGAAUAAAUGAUUUACACGUGAAGCUCAUGAUAAUUACGACCGAGAGGGGCGCCGGGUCUCCUAAAACCUUUCCUUAUUUUUUAGGUUCUCAACCCCAGAGGAUUGGUAUUGACGGCAGACAUCCUUACCGACGUCCUACAAGAGAAGUGUUGUUGUUCGUCUUAAUUCACAAUGUCGACUUUUGGUUUUGGAACACCUGCCCCCAGUGGAGCUACAACAGGAACUGGAGGUUUCAGUUUCGGAGGCACGACCGGAGGCACUGCAACCAUGGCGACACCCUUUGGGACACCUUUUGGUACACCUACCCCGGCAGUGUCCAGUUCAGGUACAGGUUUUAGCUUCGGGACAAAUACCAGCCAACCAGCCAAGACACCGUUUGGAUUUGGUACAUCUACUGGCGGCACAUCUGGAGGCUUUCUGCUGGGCUCUGGAUUUGGAACAAAAACGACUUCAGCGUUCGGAACACAGAGUUCAGAUGUAUGCCAGGUGCCAGCGUUGGGUCAACUUGAUCCCUCCUUAGCGUUGCACCUUGCCAUCUGUACCCCCUCUUACUUCAACAAUGAGAAUGACGAGGUGUUACGCAAGUGGAAUCAGCUACAAGCAUUUUGGGGUUCUGGGAAAGGUUAUUACGCCCCAAACAUGCCCCCGGUAGAGUUCACAGCGGAAAACCCAUACUGUCGCUUCAAGGUAGUUUGUUACGCCAGGAUACCCAACUACCGCAAUGAAAAUGGUAUUGUGCAGAUCAUCCUAGGAAAGGGAGUCUCAGCUGUAGAGCCCCACAAACAACAGAUCGUGUCAACGUUGUCGUCUAUAUUUGGCGGUGCCGAAGUCGUCAUCGAUGAAGUCUUCAACGCUGAUGUUCCCGAUAAGACUAACAUAAGGUUUUACGUCCAACAGCCUCUCCCUAAUGGAGAGAAACAGAGGGCGGCCGCUGCUGACGUUUCCCGCCACAUGUUGGGACCGGCUUAUGCCCAGUCGUUAAAGAACCUGUGUAUCGAGCAGGUGACUCCGAUGUUGAUGUUGACGGAGGUACAGAUGAAAGAAUACCUUGAUACUCCACAAAGAGGUAUUGACCCAGCAUUGUGGGAACAGGGCAAGAGGGAAAAUCCAAACCCUCACAAGUUUGUCCCUGUUGUGAAAGUUGGCUUCCAGGAGCUACAGCAACAGUUCAAGUAUCAAGAAGAACACGCAGCAAACCUCCAAUCAAGCAUGAACAACAUUAUGGACGAAAUAACACAACUACGGCACAAACAAACCAUGGUGAAGGCUGCCAUUCAGAACGCUAAGUGGAAACAGGCCAGUCUCACCCGUAGAGUUCUCAAGUUGGUGUCAGCACAAGAGGUUGAGAGGAAGAGAGGGGUGCCGCUGGACCAGACGGAAGAACAGAUUCGAAUGCGACUUGAGGACCUGUACUUGCAGCUGAUGCAGCCCACACAGUACCGGGGAUGUUUGAACGAACUGAUGGCCCAGAUGUCGGUGAAGCCAGGGAGUUGUCGAGGCGGUCCACGGUAUGGCCUCAUUAGUGAUAAAGAGAGAGACGUUUCACAAUAUGUGUCACUGCAGCAUAAUGCUCUUCAGGCUGUAGUUGUUGUUCUCAAAGAAGACAUGCAGGUGGUCGACAGUAUGAUCGAGGAAAUACAACGGAAAUCUUGAACUUAACCCCAUUGAAUAGGUUUAAUAGCUUGGAUUCCGUGCAGGCUCUUACUGUGCUUUAUUUACCAUAGUUUUAAAAAUUCAAUUCAUAUUUUAAAACUAAUACAUAAAACUUUUGAGAAAGAUAUAAUGUUUCAGUUGCUAUAUGAAAUAACUAUUGAAAUUUGAGGUUUUUCAUCAUGCAUAAUAUGUCUUUUCAUAACCAAAUUUAUCCAAACAUUUGACAUUAUUGUUGAUGUGUCAUAGUGUGUUGGUUUAGAACAUGACACUCAUAUGAGGAGGCCUGAUUGAUCUUCUGCCAGUGUACCUGUUUGGAAAAGAAAUAUGUUGCAGUGAAAUGUUAAUGUUAUCACAGUUUGGUCUUGUAUUUUGUGAUGGAUUUAACUUAGAUUUAACAUAAGUUUAUUUUUGUACUUGGAUAAUGAUUAACCUCUUGUGUACGGGGCCUCCUCUGUGCUGAAUAAAAUGGUCUGGGUGUUUGCCAAUUAAAAUACUAAAGUCGGCAUCCUUAUAGUGAAGGGAUUAAUGUUUUUUAUAUGAUGAAUUUAUAAACAUUUGAUACUACCUUCUGCCGAGUGUUUGGUUAAAAUUACAACUUAUCUGAGCUAAUAUGUUUGUGAUAGUACAUAGGCAAUAUGCCCGUGGAUCCAUAUUUUCAUUUAUUUUCUCAUGUAUAGUUAUGUUUAUAUGAUGAUUCAAUAGUAGAGUCAGUCCUCGACUUAACGAUGGGGUUAGGGACCGACGACCAGGUCUUGAGUCAAGGAGUACCUGUAUGCUUGUAUUCUUUCCCCCAAUAAUGUAUCAACACCACUCCUUAUUAAGUGUAUACAGGACUAUUUGAGUACUAGUGUGCCCUGGACCUAAACCCAAUAGACAAUGAGUGAAAUCAGAUGAAACACAAGCUGCUGUCAACAUAGAAUGCAUCAUCAGAACUCACCUGCAGAAAGUGAUGAAGCAGAUCUGGAACAAACUCUUACUGAAUCUAUGUCAAAUUAACUUCAACUGGUGUUAAAGAUAAAGGGAAAUGUGACAAAAUCUUAUAUAAAGGAAGUUUGUGUUU